UGUGCGCGCGUGUGUGGAGCGCUGCGCGGCCAGGAGGAUGUGCGCGGCGGGGCGGCCACCGCAGUGAGUCGCGGCGACAGGAGAGGGCUGCAGCCCGGGGGAGCGGGAGGCGAGGGCCAGCAGGAGGCCGCGGGCCCGGAGAGGCGCGCCGCCCGGCCCCAGGAUGUAGGCGAUCGGCGGCGGCGCUCCUGCUGGCGGCCGGCUCACCAUGAAGAAGCAUUCGGCCAGGGUGGCCCCGCUCAGCGCCUGCAACAGUCCGGUCCUGACCCUCACCAAAGUGGAAGGGGAGGAGCGCCCCCGGGAGCCCCCGGGCCCUGCAGAGGCCCAGGCGCCAGCUGGGACGGAGGCUGGCGGGAGGACCAGUCGGCACCACUGGACAUGUUCUCAGGAGCAGCUCAGGAAGGUCUUCUGGGGUGUGGCCGUUGUGUUCUGCGUGUGUGCCUCCUGGGCCGGCUCCACGCAGCUCGCCAGGUUGACUUUCAAGACCUUCAACGCACCCUUCACCCUGACGUGGUUUGCCACCAACUGGAACUUUCUGUUCUUCCCAUUAUACUACGCAGGGCACGUGUGCAAAUCCACAGAGAAGCAGUCUGUGAAACAGAGAUACAGGGAAUGCUGUCGGUUUUUUGGAGACAAUGGCUUGACUUUGAAAGUGUUCUUUACCAAGGCAGCACCUUUUGGUGUUCUUUGGACCCUCACAAACUACCUGUACUUACACGCAAUAAAGAAGAUAAACACUACAGAUGUCUCCGUCCUGUUCUGCUGCAACAAAUCAUUUGUUUUCUUGCUGUCGUGGAUCGUUCUCAGGGACAGAUUCAUGGGAGUGAGGAUCGUGGCCGCCAUCCUCGCCAUCGCAGGCAUUGUCAUGAUGACCUACGCCGAUGGCUUCCACAGUCACUCAGUCAUUGGCAUAGCCCUGGUGGUGGGCUCUGCUUCCAUGUCGGCUCUCUACAAGGUUCUGUUCAAGCUGCUGCUGGGCAGCGCCAAGUUCGGAGAAGCAGCCUUAUUCCUGUCCAUCUUGGGUGUGUUCAACAUCCUCUUCAUCACCUGCAUCCCGGUCAUUCUCUACUUCACCCGAGUGGAGUACUGGAAUUCCUUCGACGACAUUCCAUGGGGAUACCUCUGUGGGUUUUCCAUUCUCUUAUUGACAUUCAAUAUUGUAUUAAAUUUUGGAAUCGCCGUCACGUAUCCCACACUGAUGUCUCUCGGAAUUGUCCUCAGUGUACCUGUAAAUGCAGUAGUCGAUCACUACACCAGUCAGAUAGUCUUCAACGGAGUCCGGGUCAUCGCCAUCAUCAUUAUCGGCCUGGGCUUCCUCCUCCUGCUCCUUCCGGAAGAGUGGGAUGUCUGGUUGAUCAAAUUGCUCACCCGCCUCAAAGUGAGAAAGAAGGAGGAGACAGCAGAAAGCAGUGGAGACUUGGGCACAGGACCCCAGAGCAGGAACAGAAGGGCCCGCCCAUCCUUCGCUCGCUGAGGAAACUCCUCUAGAACUCGGGGAUGCCCCCAUGGUAAUGUUUUUGAGGUCUAUUCCCAAGGGAGGAACCUCAGUUGGGUGAGGUGUACAUACAUGUACAGUUUUGGUAACCGAGGUAAGUUCUAUGGUAUUUAUUGGCAUGUCCAAUUUGCUUGCACUUUUCCACGUCAGACCUUCCACUAAGGGUACCGAUUCAAAACAAACGAGAAAAGGACCUCUCAGCGCUUCUUCAAUGAAUGUAAAGUGGGGUAAAAUGAGCCUUGUGUCGGUCUCUUCAGAGGACAGGCAAGCUGGACAAGCCAGGGCAAAGGCUCUGCCUCUUAGCAAUUGAAAAUGACAUUGUGCACUGUGAUUAUUUUUCAGCUAUAGUAGGUCAUAUUUUGUUUUAUACCAGAACUGUAUACUUAAUUUUAAGGAAUCUCAAUGAACCAAAAGAUAAUUGUCAGUUAAUCUGGGUGGAUGGAUGGAUGGAUGGAUGGAUGGAUAGAUGGGUGUGUGGGUGGAUGGAUGGGUAGGUGAAUGGGUGGAUGUGUGGAUGGUUGGAUAGAUGUAUGUAUGUAUGUAUGGAUGGAUGGAUGGUUGGAUAAACAUAGGUGGAUAGAUGGUUGGUGGACAGAAGGAUGGAUGGGAAGGAAAGAGAGAGGUGAAGCAGAAAAAGACAAUAGACACGAAGAUAAACGGAGGACAGGCCUAUGCCAGGUCACAUGAUAGAAAACAGAACUCCGACCCAGCUGGUCUGCUCUCACAAGACCAUGAGGAGAACUCAGUGCCUUCUACAGCAUCUCUGUCCCAUGUGAAGCGAGGUGACAUUAUAUGUCACUGGCGCCGUCUCAUGAUUUAGAUGUAGAAAUCUUAAAAAAAAAAAAAAAACCACAAACUAUAUGUGUAUAUGUGUGUUCAAAAAUGACAAAGCCGGUGGCCAGUGCGUUUGGAGGGUGGUUGGCGUCAUGCGGCACGCACAGCAGGUGCACUGUGUGGGAGGAAUGGCUGGUGGCUUUCACUUCCAGACCGAGACUGCAACAUUAUUUACUGAGUCCGUAAGCCUUUUUAAGAAACUUUUAAGCGCCGGGCUGUUUACUUACACAAUUUAGGUCUGCGGGAGACUUCUAUCUGUGAUAGAUCUGUACAGAGGGACUGGGCUUAGAGUUUACUAUUUUUGAAGUUUACAUUGUUACAUACAAAUGGGAACCUGAUUUUGAAAUGGUAUCAUAUCCUAAAGGUGCAUUCUGGAACCAUGGAGUCUUUCGUUUCCUGGGGGGAAAGGGGCACUCACGACCUGAACUUUUUAGCCAAUUAUUAUUCUCAGUUUCCAUUACUUGUUUGGCCAAACAGAUUAAUAAAAUAUUUGAA